AUGGCAUCGUCGGGGAUCCCGUCGUACCUGCGCUCGACGAGCAGCAGCAGCAGCAAGGUCAAGAAGGACCCCAAGGCCGAGAAGAAGAAGACGGUCGACUUCCCCGUCCGGCGCGCUGGCGCCAAGAAGGAGGAGUUCCGCGUGCGCCCGCCGCCGGCGCCGCUCUCGAUCGCGAUCCCAUCGACGCCGACGCAGGUCGCAAGCGCGUUGGCGUCGCAAAAGGUCACCAAGCGCGCGGUGCCAUCGCCCAAGAAGCCGCUCAAGCGAGCGUCCACGACCAUCGUCGAUGAGCGCAAGGCAAUGCGGUCGCCGCCGACCACAAUGGCCAACGUCCCGAGCUACAUGCGGCAAACCGUGAGCCGCGGGUACAAGGAAGGCACGCUGCAGCACCCAGCCGAGCCGAGCUCCGUUUCACCGCCCAAAAAAGUCCCGACGCCACGCCAAGCGCACAAGGUGCCAACGUCCUUCAAGCCGACGACAACAACGAACGCGGUCGUCAAGCGCACACCACGCGCUGCAGAGACCCCACGAGACCCGAUGCUUCGCGCACCACCGACCAAGGAGCCCGAUGCAGUGGUCGACAACAACCCCGAGUGCAAGACGCCGCCGCCACCUGGUGACGAGCCUGACGCGCACCACCGCGCGUUGGUCGCUCCGCAUGUUGUGCCCGUUGCUUCGCCACGGACACUGCCCCAUCAUUCGCACGAUUCCAUGUCGGUGGACGAGGCAUUGGACCUUGCAGUCGCAAUGCGGACGAUCGCGUCGCUCCAAGACGCGGCCGCCAUGACCGCCGACGAGCUCGCGCGCCUCGAGGCCGAGCGCCAUGACGCGCUCAUGGACCGGGACGUGCUCCAGACCAAUUUGGACAAGAUGUCGGCGGCGCUCACGACGGCCAAGCAGAAAUGCGAAGCGCACGCCGACGCGGCGCUCACCUUCCAGCGGCAGCGCGACGGUCUCGAGACCGAGCUCCUCGAGCACAAGAUGGCGCUGACCGAGAUCAAAAAGCAGGUGGUCGCCUCCACCGAGGCCAAGCACGCGUCCAUGGCAUCCGCAGAGCAGCGCGUUGUCGACCUGACCGCACAUGUCGCGACGCUCGAGCUGGAAAAACAAGGUCGCGACAAGGAGCUCGAGCAUCUCAACCGUAUCUGCGGCGCCCUCCAGCUCCAAGUGAACGCGUUUGAAGCCGCCCAAGCCGAGUGGAGCCACAAAACCAGUCGCAUGGCCGAGAUGACAGAGACGCUGGCCACGCUGCAGCUGCGCGCCGAGGUCUCGGAAGACGUCCAGCGGCAAAUGGCAUCCGCGGCGAGUGACCGCGCAGCGCUGGUUGCAGAGUACGAUGCAAAGUUGGCCCACGAGCACGACAAGAUUACUCGUCUGGAAGCGCAGAUCAUCGAGCAUGCGACACUUGUGCAGGCCAUGCCGGCCAUGCCAGCCGAUGAUGCGACCGUGCGCGAGCUCCGGCAGCAGCUCGAACACGCGGUGCACGCACUCGAAGAUCACGACGUGAUGCGGGAAGCGACGCUGCAGCACACGUGUCUGACGCACGAGAUGGAGAUUGCGCGCUUGCAUGGCGAGAUCGAAUCGUACGUAGAGCAGCUCCGUGAUAUCGAGGCCAUGCUGACACGCGUGCAAGACGAGAAGGAGGAUCUGAGUCGCGACACGGCGACCACGGACGCGCGCGUCGCGUCGCUCCAGAGCCAGCUCGAUGAGAUCAUCGUCGAGAAGGACCACGUGGCAGGGCUCCAUGCGCAGCUCACGGCCUCGAUUGCGCAGCGCGAUGAGCGCAUCCGGGCGCUGGAAGCCGACGCCAACCGGAUGCAACGCGACGUCGACGCGGCAGAUGCCGACUGGACGGCGCGUUUGGAGGCGACGACUACCGACGCCGACCGGCGCAACGAAGCAAUUGAGGCAGCGUACGAAGUCCAAGUGCGCGAACUCACGGACGAACUGGCGACGGCCGUCUCGACCGCCGAGCACGCUGUGGCCACGCGCAAGCAGGCUGAAAGUGACGUCGUUGCACUACGAACCGAGCUUGCAGAGAAGGCGGCGUCGCUACAAAGUCUCUCGAGCGGCCACGGCUCGCGGGAGGCCGACUGGCUCGCAGAGCUGGAAGAACGUGAUGUGGCCAAUGCUGCGCUUACACGCCGUAUUGAAGAGCUCGAAGCAGCCAUCGCCGGGGCGAAUGCUGCGCGCGACGAGCUCGAGAAGCAGGCUGCGACGCACGCCGCCAUCACCGAGUCGUAUGUGGCCCAAGUCGCCGAGAUCGAGGCGGCGAAAUGUGCACUGCAAGACGACUACGAAACACUGCAAGCCCGCACCCAGUCCCUUGACGCAUCGUUUGCAACUGCAGAAGCCGAGGCGAAGCGCCACAUAUCGCAGAUCGAUGCUCUUACGUCCGAGCUGCGGCAGAAUGCGCUGGCGCACGAGGCCGAGGUCGCAGAUCUGGAGGCAUCGGUCGCAGCACUGCACGCUCAGUUGCAAGGCCACGCCGAGACGGCCCACGUAUUGCAGGCAAAGCACAGCAGCUACGAAGCCGACGCCGCGUCACACGCUGCCGUGGUCGAGUCGUUCACAGUACAGAUCGAAGCGCUUCAGACACAACUCGCAGCCCGGGAUGCGACCGAGGCCGAGCUUUUAGCUGCGCACCAAGAGACCAAAGACGCGCUGGACGAAGCCCGAUAUCAAGUGGACGAGCUGGAAGCGCGCGCGCACGACGCCGAGACUGAGGUCGACUCGGCGCAUGUCGCACGCAUUGACGCUCUUGAGGCUACCAUUCGCGAACUUGAGACGCGUUUGGAGGCAAACGCACCAGAAAAGAUUGCCGAGGCCCGCGCGGCAGUCGACGCCAUGCGCCGUGAGCAGAACGAAGCCACGGCGGCGCACGAUGCGCAGCUCCACGUGCUGCAAGAGUCGCAACGCGAGCUCAAGGCCCUUGAAGCUGCCAAGACGCGGCAAUUGACGACGCUCGAAGCAUCACACGAGCAGCUCGGGGCCGAACUGCAAGCCGCCAAGAAGACCAUCACCGCACUUCAGGCCCAGCUAUCGACGACGACGCAGCCCACUGCGGUCGCUGUAGCUGCCGUACCACGACCCGUCAUUGGAAAAGGGGUUGUGGUGGUGCAUUUUGGGUCCUUGGAGCUCCAUGCAGGCUUGCUCCACGCCGAUACAGCCUCGUAUGUGCCCACGUUGAAGCUCCCGACGCUUGUGGCUGUGCCGCAAGGCGGCGCUGCCGAGCUCCACCGAGUUCUGCAAGGGUCGUCGUACAUUGGGACCGGCUCAGUUCGCAUCGGCUACGAGAACGGGUACUUUCUUGGGCGAGACGCGGUGACAUUUUUGUACGAGCACCCGGACCCGGCGCUGCGCUGCAUUCUCAAACAAGAGCGCGUCUUCCAGAACGGCCAUGUCACGUCGACCGAGUACCUCGAAGGACUUCUCCACCAAGUCUUUACGGGUCUCGGCAUUGAUGACGCCAUCUCGUCCUACAACGUCAUUGUGACGCACAAGCCGCAGCUCGCCAAGGCGUCGCGCGAGGCGCUCGCCGACGUGCUCUUUGAAAAGUGCGCGGUCAAAGGCGCUCUCCUGGCCACCGAUGCGCUCAUGAGCUUGCGAGCCCGCGGCAAGAGCACGGGCCUUGUCCUCGACGUCGGCGCCGACGCCACGUACAUUGUGCCCAUCUACGAAGACAUGAUUCUGGACCAUGCCGUCGUUACGAUGCCGAUGGGGGGCGAAGCGCUCGUGGCCUUUAUGGUCUCGAUGCUGCUUUCCCAAGAGAGCGACGAGUACCACAAGAUUCCUUUGCGGCUCCAGCAAAAGAUUGCACGCGCGAUACUCGAAACCAAAGGCAUGGUCGCCAAGGACUUUGACGCGAUGGCCGAGAAGCACGGCCGCUUUGAACGCGCGCAUGUCCAAGUGCUUCCGACCGAGUCGCAACCCGUGUGGCAGAAAGCCGUGCCCCACAAAACCACCGCGGCGCACCCGUUGCAUGAGGUGUAUGCGUACCGACUACCCUCGGGGUCGACGCUCGAGAUGCACUGUGACGUCGAGCGCUUCAUCGCGCCCGAGCUCCUCUGGCAACCCAAGCUCAAUCCUGACAAUGCGUGCGAGAUGGCCCUUCAUGACGCGCUCGCAAGAGCCUUUGCCGAGAGCGACAGCCAGCUCCACCACGAACUCUUGGCCAACGUCGUGUGCACGGGCGGCGCCUGCCAACUCCCGGGCUUCAAGGCGCGCGUGCACCAAGAGAUCCAGAAACUCUGUCCGUUCGAGUCGCUGAUUGUGGUCGACGUGGUUGGGAAGGACGAGUGCGCGACGUUUGCAGGCACGUGCAUGUACGCGAGCUCGCUCAAAGACCGGUCUUGGAUCACCUCGGACGAGUUUGACGUCGACGGCGCGGCCGUGCUACACGCAAAGUGCUUUUAA